UGAGCGAAGGAGGGGAGGGAGGAGAGAGAGCAGAGCAGAGAGAUGGAGGAGACGAUAGACUGAGCUCCUAUAGAAAAAGAAGAACAGAUACCCACACAGUGCCGGGCACCCGGGCCUCAUCCUGGCGGCCAGCAGAUACACGGGAGCUGAAGCAAAACAGCAGGGGAUGGCACUUUGCCACUGAGCAGCGGGCACUGACACGCGCACUGGCACAGGCUCUCCGGAUCGGAACUGGCCACUGGGAAUAAGAGAAGAAGGCUCAUGAAAUAUUCACACUAAUCGAAUCCAUACAUUUGGGAUUCACAGAGCCAUCUUCAAACCCUAUGCCCGUACAUGUGCCUUCCCACGGCCACACGCAAUCGCCACCGUAUGAUGAGCCAGUAGAGAGAGACUAAUAGAAACACAGACGAGCUACCUGCACACAGGCGCUCACCUUCCAUGUAGCAGCCCACACACACACACACACACACAAUUAUAGCGCUACACGCAGCGCACACACCGCCGGAUGCUGUCGGAUUCCCCGGGAAUAAACUUACAGUGAGACGCGGAGGAACAUUGUACCGGGAGAGGAGCGGGAGCCACUCCAGAUCAUGGGACAUCCCAGGCGGCAGAACACAGCAUCCCACCUGAUAAAGUCCUGCUAACAGCGCGACCAGGGCCCAUGUCAUAGGAUGAACACUGCCUGUCCCCUCUUACUAUCUGUGAUAUCGUCUCUUGUCUUGUGCUCCUGGGGUUCUCACCCCUCACCGAGCACAUGCUCAGGUCUGGCUUCUGGAGUUCUCUACGGGGCAUUCUCUCUUAAAGACCUUUUUCCAAUUUUCUCACCUGGAUGCUCCUGGACCUUGGAGAACCCUGACCCCACCAAGUAUACUCUAUACCUGAAGUUCACACACGAGGAGCAAGUUUGCUCUCAUCUCUCACCCAUGGUGCAGCCUCUGGAUCACUACCUGCCCAACUAUACCUGCAGCCGACCUGAAGAAGGGGCAGAGGAGGCUCAGGAACUCUGUACACCUGGUUCUCCUUUUACUUUUUUUCACUUUGAUAAGAACUUUUUACGCCUGUGUCUUUCUGAGCAGCCUCUCUCAAUCCAGCUUCUACCUGAUUCAGUUCUGAGCUUCCGCUUUGUAGAGGUGUUGUUGGUCAACCAUGAUAAUUCCAGUCAGUUUGCCUGUGGUGUACUGUGUCGGUGGUUUGAGGAAUGCCUAAGGGCUCGAGAUUGGGGGGUGCGUUGUGCAUUGACACAAACUGGUUGCACCUGUCCAGAAAAAGCAGCACGAGGACACAAUGACAGUGUUUCCAACUCAGUUGUGCCAGCAGGACAUAGUGAUUGCUGUGUCACCCAACUUCUGCCAGGAAGCAGCAAUGGGGAAUAUCCUCGCCCUAUCCCUUAUGGUGAGGAUGAACUGGAGGAGAAUCAGAAGGUCAAAACCCAAAGACCAAGGUCAGCAGAUGAACCAGCCAUAUACAUGGCACAGACAGGAGACCCAGCAGCUGAAGGCUGGUCAAUGUGGGGAGUCUGCUCCAUGACAUGUGGUCAAGGUAUACAAACUCGGACGCGUUCUUGUGUAUCUUCACCGUAUGGGACUCUGUGCAGUGGCCCUCUGAGGGAGACUCGCACCUGCAACAACACCGCCACCUGCCCAGUGGAGGGGCAGUGGCUCGAAUGGGGAGCCUGGGAGAGAUGCUCAGUAACAUGCUCUAAUGGAACCCAGCAGAGAAGUAGAAGGUGUGGUAAUACCAGUCAGGCUGGAAGAGACUGCAGAGGGCAGGAGACUGAAACAAGGGAGUGCAGUAAUCCAGACUGUUCAGCUGAUGGAAAAUGGGGCCCGUGGAAUCAUUGGAGCUUGUGCUCCAAAACUUGUGACAGCGGCUGGCAGCGUCGCUACCGGAUGUGUCAGGGAACAGGAGUACAAGGAUACCCGUGCGAGGGCUCCGGGGACGAGGUCAGGACGUGCAAUGAAAAGAAGUGCCCAGCAUUACAUGAGGUGUGUAAAGAUGAGUAUGUCUCGUCUAUGUCUUGGAAGAAAGCAUCUGCAGGUGAAAUUGUUUAUAACAAGUGUCCUCCAAAUGCCACAGGAUCGGCUAGCCGGCGCUGUCUGCUUAGUCCUCAGGGGGUUGCAUACUGGAGUUCUCCGAGUUUUGCCCGCUGCGUCUCCCACGAGUACCGAUACCUUCACAUUGCACUUCGGGAACAUCUGGCAAAAGGUCAUCGCUUGUUGGCAGGACAGGGAAUGUCGCAGGUUGUGCGGAGCAUGCUGGGUUUGGUGUCCAGCAAGAACUAUUACAGUGGAGAUCUUCUGUUCUGUGUUGACAUUUUGCGCAAUGUGACUGACACAUACAAAAGAGCAACAUACAUCCCAUCUAUUGAGGACAUUCAGAAGUUUUUCCAUGCUGUCAGCCACAUGCUGGAUGCGGAGAAUAGAGAGAAGUGGGAGGAUGCACAGCAGAUUGCACCAGGAUCAGUGCUUCUGAUGAAAGUGCUGGAAGACUAUAUCCAUCUGAUUGGAGAUUCACUAAAGCCUUUCCAAAGCUCCAUUAUCGUCACCGAAAACCUGGUUAUCAGCAUCCAGAGGGAGCCAGUGUCUGCUGUGUCCAGUGAUAUCAAUUUCCCCAUGAAGGGCCGACGUGGGAUGAAUGACUGGGCCAGGAACUCGGAGGAUAAGCUUUUCAUCCCUAAGGAGGUGCUUAGUCUACCCCCUGCAGAGGCUGAGGAUUCUGCAUAUUUUGUUAUUGGGGCAGUAUUGUACCGAACUCUUGGGCUUCUCCUGCCUCCUCCUGGGAAUUCCUUAGCCAUAAGCUCCAAGGUUCUGACUGUCACUGUCCGACCGCUGACUAAACCUGCAGAGCAGUUGGUGGUAGUAGAAUUGUCACAUAUCAUUAAUGGAACCUCCAGCCCGCAGUGCGCAGUGUGGGAUUAUACAAAAAGCGAUGCAUCCACUGGGAGCUGGGACACAGAGGGCUGUCAAACUUUACCAACGCAGCCAUCCCACACCAAAUGCCUUUGCGACCAGCUAUCCACCUUUGCUAUUUUGGCUCAGCUGCCCAAGGAGAUGGUGAUGGAUGUCCCCGGAUCCCCUUCAGUUCCGCUGAUGAUCGGCUGUGCCAUAUCCUGCAUGGCUUUGCUCAUCCUUCUUGCUGUAUAUGCUGCAUUUUGGAGGUUCAUUCGAUCUGAGCGCUCCAUCAUCCUCCUUAACUUCUGCCUGUCCAUCCUUGCUUCCAACAUCCUUAUUCUUGUGGGGCAGUCCCAAGCUCUCAGCAAGGCUGUCUGUGCUCUCAUUGCCGCCUUCCUGCACUUUUUCUUCCUCUCCUCCUUCUGCUGGGUGCUGACAGAAGCCUGGCAGUCCUACUUGGCAGUUAUUGGACAAAUGAGAACACGGCUGGUCCGGAAGCGCUUCCUGUGUUUGGGAUGGGGAUUACCAGCCCUGGUUGUUGCAGUCUCUGUUGGAUUUACAAGAACAAAGGGAUAUGGAACACCUCAUUACUGCUGGCUGUCUCUUGAGGGAGGGUUACUCUACGCCUUUGUGGGACCUGCUGCAGUUAUUGUUCUGGUAAACAUGCUUAUUGGGAUCAUUGUAUUUAACAAGUUAAUGUCUCGAGAUGGCAUAUCAGACAAGUCCAAAAAGCAGAGAGCAGGAGGUGAGACGUCCUGCAGGAACCUGCUGCUGAUUUGUUCCACAUGUGGAGUGCUGCCCAGCGCGAAACUGUCUGCAGUAACUGCCAGCAACGCUGUGGCAUCUCUCUGGAGUUCCUGUGUUGUGCUCCCCCUUCUUGCACUCACCUGGAUGUCUGCAGUACUCGCCAUGACUGACCGCCGCUCCAUCCUCUUCCAAGUUCUCUUUGCUGUGUUCAAUUCUGUUCAGGGAUGUGUUAUCAUCACCGUACACUGUUUCCUGCGGCGUGAGGUGCAGGAAGUGGUAAAAUGCCAGAUAGGUGGGUGUCGCAGUGACGAAAACGAGGACUCUCCAAACUCUUGUAAGAAUGGUCAGCUGCAGAUAAUGACAGAUUUUGAAAAAGAUGUGGACCUGGCUUGUCAGUCUGAGCAAAAGGCUUCAUGGUACACUGCACAUGGAGAAACUGUCCUUUUUAAAGAACUGAACACAUGCCACCCCUCUAGUUUGACAGGAGCCCUGUCUCGCAUUUCUCUAGAUGAUGAAGAUGAUCUUAAGAUGCAUAAAGGUAGUGAUGGACUCAGUUUCUCACACCUCCCUGGAAACAUAUCUUCACCAGGGGGUAUUCUUCUCCAGGUGCCUAAAAUUACCCAUAACCCAGUAAAUGAGCUCAACGAUCCACUUCCCAAGAAAGAGAUCAACCUUGAGCGUGGCCCUCUAUACAUAAGUCCGGAAGGAAACUGCUGGCCUAUGGAUUUUGGAGAUGGCCAACAGGAGCCAUCACUGGAGAGUGAGUACAUGGUGCUUCCCAGACGAACUUUAAGUCUCAAACCAUUUGGUCGGGAGCAUGGCAAGCUUAAUGUCAAGCUGGCAGAUCUAAGCAAGGGACGUCAACAAGGGGAGUCAGAAGUGUAUCCCAAUUUUCUGUCUGUGGACCACAUCAAUGUAAACCUCACCCCACCCUUUGUGCCCAGUCAGCAGCAGUAUGGCUUGCCAUUUAAGCAGCCUCCAUCUGUCCGUCAGAUCCUAGCAUCAGAGAUGAAUGAGCGCAGUCGCACCAUGCCACGAACAGUGCCUGGUCCAUCUCUUACUGCUGGUUCUCUAGAGAAACUACACCAACCUGUACCUGUGUUUCUCCCUCAGCGGAAGCGAUUGAGAUAUUCAGAUUUGGAUUUUGAGAAAGUGAUGCACACCAGAAAAAGACAUUCAGAGCUUUAUCAUGAACUAAAUCGCAAGUUUCAUACCCUGGAGAGAUAUCGGGAUGCCAAUUCAAAGAAAGAUAAGCGCUGGAGUAUAUCUUCAGGAGGAGGAGGAGUGGAGAGAACCUCAGCUAGCGAGAAGACUAGCCCAGCAGGCCCCCAUCAGAAAGUUUGGGAUAGCUACAGAGCACGGUCUUCACAGAUCCAUGACAGACUGGGCCUGCACUGCGUGGAUUGGAAUCAGCCUCCACGUGUUUCUAUGGAUGUGUCAGAUGGAGACUAUCAAACUGAAGUAUAGAGUAGCAAUUGAGAUGUUUUUCUCACUUCUUGGACAGCCAUGGGAACUCUCACAUCAGAGAAAAAGGCGUAUUGUCUUCUGAGCUGUAGCUCACUGAGGGUUACACUUGUCUUUCCAAGAUGGAAGUGUGCUGGGGCACACUUGAAAUAUGCGUACAUUUUUGCUGUUUUGGACAAGAAGGAAAACCAGCAUUACGUGAUGCCCAGUAAUUUCGCUAAAGUGUUCUAAGUGAGACUAAUGUUCAUAAACUGGAUUUAUUGCUUUGUAGAGACGCAGCUCCUCUGUUUGGAUCUGUAAAUUGAGGAUCUUGGAUCAACGUUCCUGUUUUCUGUAUCAAAGAGGCUAGUGCAAGAAGCUGCAGAUGCACAUGCACACACACAUACAUUCUAUCCAUGUCACACAACCUUCUUUGUCCUGUUUCCUGGACAUUGCUUGUCAAGUGACCAUUUCCUUCCAGUUUAUUUGCCUCCCCUCAUUUCUCCAGCCCCUCUUGCUCCUGGGUGGGAUUGAAGAGCCUUGCCUUGUCUUCACAGACUUCUAAAAAAAAAAAAAAAGCUCACCAAGAUUAGAUUGUAACUAAUCUCUCCAAUUGCUCCCUGAGUGUUUCUGGAUAUAAGGUGGGGGGCAAGGGGUUUUGGUGGCACUGGGUUUUAAAACAAAAUGCCUACAGUUUGUUUAAAAAGGAGAAAAAAAAUAAAAAAAUCUUUUGAAACAUGAA